CUCAAAUGCCCCUGCAGCAGAAGCUACCGACUGCCGUGCCCCAGCAAGUGUGGCAUCCUGCUCAAAUGCCCCUGCAGCAGAAGCUACCGACCGCCGUGCCCCAGCAAGUGUGGCAUCCUUCUCAAAUGCUGCAGAAGCAACCGACCGCCGUGCCCCAGCAAGUGUGGCAUCCUGCUCAAAUGCCCCUGCAGCAGAAGCAACCGACCGCCUUGCCCCAGCAAGUGUGGCAUCCUGCUCAAAUGCCCCUGCAGCAGAAGCUACCGACUGCCGUGCCCCAGCAAGUGUGGCAUCCUGCUCAAAUGCCCCUGCAGCAGAAGCUACCGACCGUGCCCCAGCAAGUGUGGCAUCCUAAUCAAAUGCUGCAGAAGCAACCGACCGCCGUGCCCCAGCAAGUGUGGCAUCCUUCUCAAAUGCCCCUGCAAACAACCGCUGUGCCCCAGCAAGUGUGGCAUCCUUCUCAAAUGCCCCUGCAGCAGAAGCAUCCGACCGCUGUGCCACAGCAAGUAUGGCAUCCUUCUCAAAUGCCCCAGCAAACAACCGCCUUGCCCCAGCAAGUGUGGCAUCCUGCUCAAAUGCCCCUGCAGCAGAAGCUACCGACUGCCGUGCCCCAGCAAGUGUGGCAUCCUGUUCAAAUGCCCCUGCAGCAGAAGCUACCGACCGCCGUGCCCCAGCAAGUGUGGCAUCCUAAUCAAAUGCUGCAGAAGCAACCGACCGCUGUGCCCCAGCAAGUGUGGCAUCCUUCUCAAAUGCCCCUGCAGCAGAAGCAACCGACCGCUGUGCCCCUGCAAGUGUGGCAUUUUAAUCAAAUGCUGCAGAAGCAACCGACCGCCUUGCCUCAGCAAGUGUGGCAUCCUGCUCAGUUUCCCCAGCAGAAGCAACUGGCCCCCAUAGCCCAGCAUCCUCAGCAGGUGUGGCAUCCAUCUCAAAUGCCCCUGCAGCAGAAGGAACCGGCCACUGAACCUCAACAGAAGAAGCUGACCGCCAUGCCCCAGCAAAUGUGGUAUCGAACUAAAAUGCUCCAACGGGAGAAUCAUCUGGCCGCCAUGCCACAGAAGCUACAGGGCUCCAGUCUCCAGCUGCCUCCGCUUGUGUGGCAUCCAUCUCAAUUUCCCCAGCAGCGGAAGGAACUGGCCGUCGAGCCCCAGCAGCAGAAGGAACUGGCCGUCGAGCCCCAGCAGCAGAAGGAACUGGCCGUCGAGCCCCAGCAGCAGAAGGAACUGGCCGUCGAGCCCCAGCAGCAGAAGGAACUGGCCGUCGAGCCCCAGCAGCAGAAGGAACUGGCCGUCGAGCCCCAGCAGCAGAAGGAACUGGCCGUCGAGCCCCAGCAGCAGAAGGAACUGGCCGUCGAGCCCCAGCAGCAGAAGGAACUGGCCGUCGAGCCCCAGCAGCAGAAGGAACUGGCCGUCGAGCCCCAGCAGCAGAAGGAACUGGCCGUCGAACCUCAGGAAGUGAGGUAUCCAGCUCAAAUGGCCCAGCAGCAACCCAACCCCAUUCCUCAGCAAUUAUGGCAUGUUGCCCAAAUUUCCCAGCAGCAACUGACCCCAAUGUCUCAGCAGAAGCACUACGAAAGCACUGAAGAUGCCUCCGGUAGAUCUCAGGCCAGCAUUGAACAGUCAGGUGUCAUCCCAAUCUCUUCCUACAGUUCUAAAUCGCACUACAAGAAUGGCAGAACUGUCUCCUCCCAAAUCAGCUACACUCCUAGCAAGGCAAUGCCUGUUGACAGUGGAAAUUCUCCCAAGGACGAGUAUGUUAGCAUUGGUGCACCAAGCAUAUAUCCAACACUAGUGAAGGAUUCUGCAAGGAAAAUAUAAUGGAUUCAUCCUCUAGAUGCUCUAAUGACCAGGAAGUUGCUGGUGCUCUUGCUACUCUAGUGUGAUGGAAUCAAUAAACAAUUUUACUUAAAAAAA